GCUAUGUCAAGAAAUUCGACAGGGUGUUGAUUUUAGUGCAAGAAGUUUUGUUUCUUUGGUGCAAGAAAAUUAUAUCUCUUUUUAAGUGUGCAUUUACAUAAAAAUUAUCGGUAUGAUAUCUCUAGAAAACAACAGGAGUAAUCAUAACGAGCUGCAGCAAAAUGCGGAUAGAAAUAACUCAGAUCAUUAUCCAAUAAUUCCAUCAUCCUUCGAAACUCCUAAAGAAUGGACUUACACAAUGAGAAGGAGCAUGCAGGAAGUGGUUCCAGGAUUGUACCUCGGACCCUACAGUUCUGCGAGUCGCGCAAACUUACAAGCCUUAACAGAAUGUGGUAUAACGCACAUCGUAUGUGUUCGUCAAGAUAUAGAAGCUCAUUUUAUAAAACCAAACUUUCCCGACAAAUUCAAGUACCUAGUUUUAAACAUAGCUGACGCCGCAACGGAAAAUAUAAUACAACACUUUCAAAGAGUUCGAACAUUCAUAGACGACGCACUGAGAGAGGGUGGACAAGUUUUGGUGCAUGGAAAUGCGGGAAUAUCCAGAUCUGCAGCUUUAGUUCUCGCUUAUGUUAUGGAGACGUAUGGACUGACACAGGCACGAGCUUACACGAUAGUCCAGCAGAGGAGAUUCUGUAUAAAUCCAAACGAUGGAUUUAUGGCUCAGCUGAGAGAGUACGAGCCAAUAUACCAGGCACAGAAAACCUUAAGGAACGGGCAACAAAGCUCAACAACUCAGAGGAGCAAAAGGUCCUUCAACCAACUUGACACAGAGUACAUGCCAGAACCGAUGGAUAGUUGAUAUAAACCAGAUUAAUGCCAAAGUUACCAAAAGACUUAUCAUAGACUAAACAACUGACUUUAUAGAGUUACUUGUACAUCUCUCUUGGCGGUUUCAACCGAUGUGACUGAUGUCGAGAAAUUCCGUGUCCAGAAAAUUUUCGGCAACGCGACCAGACUCCAGAAAUAUCGAGUCUAUCGCGAAUAUUAUUGGUGAAAGUAAAGGUUAAAGAGUAAGUUCAUUGUCUAUUUGUAUUUUGAAAAUAUUAACUUUAUACUAUAUUUUGAAUGCGUUGAAUUGUUUUUGACAUUUGAAAAUUAUCCGCUUUAGUCUUGUUUCAUAUGAUUUUAUCGUUAGUGCGAUUAUUCACUUUAAAUAUGGAAGAUGGAAGUCAAGAUGCAAAUUCUAAAUGAGCCGAUUCUAUAUUUAUUUGUUACCGUCCUUAUUUAUUACUUUUGUUUGUUUGUUUGUUUGUUUAAUGUCAUUUCCGUAGGAGAUCUCAGUCAUAUCGGUUUCAAAUCCAGGGGGUUUGACCGAAUUAUGACGAAUAUGUGUUCUUGUGACGGGCGAAAUACUAGUUAAAACGCUUAGUGUACAUAACGAUGUUUAGGGAUUUCUACAGAAAAUCUUGAUCAAUUCCUCUUGCGCCAGAGUGCGAAUUAACCUCGUAGUUUCGAAAAAGCUUCCUUAAAAUUUCCUGUACUUUUACAUAAUGCACUGGGUGUUUAUGCGCAAAUAACUUCCGACAAUUAGAGCAAUUUACUCUGAUGAACUUCGAAGGAAAUAACAAUUAUCGCCUCGUUAGAUAAUCUAUUUUUUAUUAAUAAGCAUUUAAGUUGUUUUGUAGCGAUUGUUACUCGUCAAAACACACGCGCGGUAUUUUCAAGUUUGAAAUAAAAAGCGAAUCGAGUGGUUAUUAAGAAGUGUGAUAGUUACUUAAAGCCUUUACGAGUAAUAAUCACGAGCUUCAAAAUGUGUAUCGAUUUCACUCGGAUAGAAUUUUUCAGAUUUUCAUAAUAAAACACUUGGCUCUGUGAUCACAUUAUAUUGUAACAGUGAUAUUUGUAAAAUAUAAGCAAGUUCAAAUUUUCAA